AUGGCACAUGCCAGACGCCGGAGUGCAGAGGGUCGCUCGCAUGUAGACUCUCAACGAUUCAGUGCUUCUCCGUCGUUGAAACACCAUAGAUCCAAAAGCCAUACGUCGUGUUCGCCAACUCGGGGAACUUUGCCUACCGGAACUCAAUCCGAUAUUACGCCAGUUACUGACUUGACUUUACCUGUUGUAGCUUCACCACCCCCCACCAACGGCUCCGCCACCCCAGCCGUGGAGUCUCCUGAGAGCAGCAAGCCCAGCUCCCCCUUUGUUGAGCGCAGCAACCCCAUGGGAUCAGGAAACGCACAAACUGUCAGCUCCAGCGACCCGAAGGCUGUGGCCCAGGCCGCCACCGACAUGAAGAACGUGGUUCGCCGCAAGUUGACUGGCUAUGUCGGUUUUGCCAACCUUCCCAACCAAUGGCACCGCAAAAGUGUUCGCAAGGGAUUCAACUUCAACGUGAUGGUUGUCGGUGAAUCUGGUCUCGGAAAGUCGACUCUUGUGAACACUCUCUUCAACACCUCUCUCUACCCCCCCAAGGAGCGCACCGGCCCCAGCCACGACAUCAUCCCCAAGACUGUGGCCAUCCAGUCGAUCAGCGCAGACAUUGAAGAGAACGGUGUUCGUCUUCGCCUCACCGUGGUUGACACUCCCGGAUUCGGUGAUUUCGUGAACAACGACGAUUCGUGGCGCCCGAUUGUAGAGAACAUUGAGCAGAGAUACGAUGCCUACUUGGAAGCUGAGAACAAGGUCAACCGUACUAACAUUGUUGACAACCGUAUCCACGCCUGUGUCUACUUCAUCCAGCCCACCGGCCACUCCCUCAAGCCUUUGGAUAUUGAGGUCAUGCGCCGGUUGCACACCAAGGUCAACCUGAUCCCUGUGAUCGCCAAGGCCGAUACAUUGACGGACGAGGAGAUUGCUCAGUUUAAGCAGAGAAUCCUUGCCGAUAUCCAACACCACUCUAUCAAGAUCUUCGAGGGCCCUCGCUACGAACUCGACGACGAAGAAACCAUCGCCGAGAACCAGGAGAUCAUGUCGAAGGUCCCCUUCGCUGUGGUCGGUGCCAACGCUGAGGUUGCCACCGCUGACGGGCGCAAGGUCCGGGGCCGUAGCUACCCAUGGGGUACCAUCGAGGUCGACAACGAGGAACACUGUGACUUCGUCAAGCUGCGCCAGAUGUUGAUCCGCACCCACAUGGAAGAGCUCAAGGAACACACCAACAACUUCCUGUACGAGGACUACCGCUCCGACAAGCUGACCCAGAUGGGUGUCGCUCAGGACCCGAGCGUGUUCAAGGAAGUCAACCCAGCCGUGAAGCAGGAGGAGGAGCGUGCUCUACACGAGCAGAAGCUCGCCAAGAUGGAGGCAGAGAUGAAGAUGGUCUUCCAACAGAAGGUGGCCGAGAAAGAGAGCAAGCUGAAACAGAGCGAAGACGAACUAUACGCUCGACAUCGCGAGAUGAAGGAUCAACUGGAACGGCAACGCCAGGAACUGGACGAGAAGAAGAGUCGCCUCGAAAGUGGUCGACCGAUCGAAGAGAAGGGCAAGCGAAAGGGCUUCUCUCUUCGUUAG